UGGGUUAAACAUUAUGAACUCACAGGAUACAACCGGGUUUUAUCAGGAUGCCCAUUAUGAAACGCUGGGGGUCGACAUGGCAAUGAAUCACAAUGAAGGUAGAGAACCGUUUUAUCGGAGGCGGAAUUCCGAGAUUUCCCCAGCAUGGAUGGAUUCUGAUGUAGCAACGGCUCGUUACGUACGUCAGAAUGCAGAGGCUACAUCCAACCCAAAUCUUGAUGUAAUUGCAACCAGUCCAGAUCUUCAAUGGCUUCUGCAGUCCUCUGUACUUUCCCAAUCAGAGACUACCUUGGAAACACCGUCCCCAAUGAUACCAUCCAGCAUGCCUAACUUUUCCUGUUUGUCACAGAGCUCCAGUUCUGACCUGUCCAGUGAAGGAGCAGUGGUGGACAGUGCAGUAGGACACCCUCAUAAACAUAUGUCCUUUGAGGAGCUAGAAAGGAUGAGAAUCCGCAGGGAAAGGAACAGAGUUGCAGCUGCUAGAUGUCGGGAUCGUCGGCGUGAGCUUCUAGACACAUUACAGAAUGAGUCAGAUGAUCUGGAACAAGUAAAGACACAACUGGAGGAAGAGAUUGCUGCACUUGAAAGGGAAAGAGAGAAACUAGAGUUAGUCUUUGAGGCACAUAAGCCCAUUUGCAAAUGCAAUGAUCUUAACCCAGAAUAAACAUGAAUGCUGGUCAUGUUUUGUGCUGAGUCUGCUGGUUCAGACCAGCCUUUUCUAACAAAUAUGCCUAUAUUAGUCAGCGAAAUGCAAAAAUAUAUUUCCAUG